CCCAGCCCUCCUCUUGGCUUUCACCCUGGGCAGGGGACACCUGGGUUCAAAGGCUCCUGGACACCUCAGCUCCCACUGUGGGCACCGAGUGCCCCCCCAGCCCCCUUGGACUACUGGGUUCCUCCUGGACUUCACCUUGGAGUGGCAAGUGCCCAGACACCUGGGUCCCUCUAGGCAGCUGGGCCUGAGCCUGAGGUCAGAGGUCGGGCAAGGGGGUUGGGGGGGGGGUGGAGCUGAACCCUCCUGGACACCUGGGCUCCUUGACACCUGAGCAGCUUUUGGACGCCUAGGUUCCCCAUUGCCUGGACACUGAGAUCCCUCAACAGCUGAGAAGCUCCCGGACACCUGGGUCCCUUGUGGCCUGGAUGCCAGGGGGGUCCCUCGACAGCAGAGCAGCUCCCAGACACCUGGGUUCUUCAACUCCCGGACUCCUGGGGUCCCUCAUCGCUUGGACAUUGAGGUCCUCGGACAGCACAGCAGCUCCUGGACACCUGGGUUCCUCGUCUCCUGGCUGCUGGGGUCCCUUGACAGCGGAGCACCUCUCGGACACCCGGGUCCCCGCCAUGGCUGGCUCCUUCCCGUAUGACUUUGGGGGACCGCCUGGCCCAGCGCACACCAGCUCCUUCCUGCCCGAGGGCUUCGUGGGGACCCCGGUCUUGGCCUUCGGCCCCCAGGGGGGGCUGCCUCCAGCCUGGGGCCCCUUCCCGGGGGGAGGCGGUGAGGCCUGGGUGCCCCCCGCCGGCCCCUACCCCCCCGGCCCAGCUUACGCCAGCCCCCAGCCGGAAGCUGAGGGAGGGGAGCAUGAGGCCGUGGCUUGGGGAGAUCCCAGCCCCUCACCCCCUGCCCGCCUUGCCAGCCCCAACCCCGGUGAUGUUGGCCCUGCCAAGACCCCAGCCCCUGUGGCCCCCGAGGACCCUGCUGCUGGUGAAGCUGAUGAGGCCCAUGGGGAGAAUGAGACCAUGACGACAGAGGAGAUGGAGCAGUUCGUGCGGGAGCUGAAGCACAAGCGCAUCAUGCUGGGCUUCACCCAGGCUGACGUGGGGCUGGCGCUGGGCGUGCUCUAUGGUGCGCUGGAGGCCUGGGACCCUUCCUGGGGGAGGAGUGGGGUCAGCCGGACACCUGGGUUCAAUCCCUAGAGGG